AUGUAUAUUACAAAAGAUAAAAAUGAUGAGAACAAAAGAAUGGACCUUGAUAGUUACAAGAACAUCAUUCAUAAUAAAAAGAGAGGGACAGGUUUGUUAAACAAUAAAGAGCUUUUAGAUAAGGGGGAUAUAAAGAAAGGUGCUGAUAUAAAAGAAAGAGAGGGUUGUCUAAGAAAAAGUUAUGAUAUAAAAAAUGACGUUGAAGAAGAUGUUAGUGUUGAGGAUGAAGAUGAUUCAGAUUAUGAUGUGUCGUUUGAUGAAAUGUUAGAAAAAAAAAAUGACGAUGAGAAUUAUGAAAAUGAAGAGGAGGAGGAGGACGACGAUGAUGAUGAUGAUGAUGAUGUUUUGUAUGAAGAUGAAUAUGAUGAAGAGAUUAGAGAUAUAAACUUUAAUUCUUAUAAUAAUUAUUAUUAUAGAGUGUUUAAUAAUAACGAAGAUGGUAAAAACGAGAUUGAGGAAUUAAUAAAAAAUAAUAAAUUUUUAAAUAACAAACCAAGUUCUCAUCAUGAAGAUGAUUUAAAAAAGAAAGAGGUGAUGUUUGAAAAAUAUAAUAAAUUAUUAUCUUCAUAUAAAUUAAAAAAGGAAUAUAAUAAUAAGAAAGAAAAUAUAGGAUGGGAAAAGGAAGUUGUACAUAGUUAUCAUAAUAAUGAAACGAAAGAAAUAAAAUUAAAUAAUAAAAAAGAAGAAAUAAAUAAUAUGAGUAAUGUAAAUGAGGAAAGUCCUUGUUAUAGUUGUAAAAGUGAAGAUAUAAAUUAUGAUGAUAUAAAUAAUGAUAAAGAUUUUAUUAAUGAUGUAUUAGAUAGAAUAGAUGAAAUAUAUAAUAAAGAAUGUCGAUAUAAAAAUUUAAAAUGUGUAAAUAAUAAAAACAAUAAGAUAUGUAUUAAUGAUUUAAAUUUAAGUAUUAUAAGUGAAUAUUUAAAUGUAGAUAUUUCUGUAUUCCAUAAAAAAACUACAGUUCUCUUGGUAGGAAAUACAUAUAGUGGCAAAAGUUCUUUUAUAAAUUGGAUAGCUGAAAAUUAUGUACAAAACACUAAUAGCAUAAACAAAAAAAAUGAAAUAACCUAUGUAGAUAUAAAGAAUAAUUUUACAUUUAAUUUUAAAAAAUUAAAUAAUAAAUAUAAUCCAUUUGGUAUAUUGAAUGAGAUGAAAAAUAAGAAUAGGGCACCUAAUAUUUACUCUGGAAAUUAUAAUGAUGAUCAAUAUGUUUGUAAUAAUAAUAAUAAUAAAUACAAUAAUAAUAAUGUUGAUUGUAUAAAUAAUAAGAUUACUUUUUCAGGUGAACAUUGUGAUUAUUUAUUUCGACCUUUUAGAAAACUCAGGGAGAAUUUAAAAAAUGUAAAAAAAUAUAUUUACGGAAAAAUAUCUUAUCAAAAUGAUGUUACAAAAUAUAUGAACCGAAUUAAUUAUGUAUCCUUUAUAGAUAGUACUGGGAUCAAUGAAAUGAAAGAUGAAGAAUAUGAUAAUAUAUUAAUGAAUUUAACAAAAUAUGUAGAUUUAGUUUUUAUAUUUAUUGAUUCUACAAAAUUAUCUAUUAAUAAGAGAUUAUUAAGAAUUAUAAAUUAUAUUAUAGAUAACCAAAUGAAUAAAGUUACUAUAUGCUUAACAAAAAUCGAUAUGAUAAAAAAGAUUAAUUUGUAUAGACUCGUUUUUUAUUUAACUCAGUACUUUUUAGGAAACCUAAAUAUUUUUAAAUAUAACUUAUUAAACGAUAAUAAAGAAAAUAACGAGGAUAAUGAUAACACCCCUCAUUGGAAUGAUCAUCAUAAUUAUAUGAUCAAUGAUUAUAAAAAAAGGGAUCCUCAUUUUCUUUAUGGUGAUGAUUUUAAUGAUAAACCGAUAUAUAAGAAGAUUAAUAAUUUCUUAAACAGAUCCAUGCGUUCCUUUCAAAACAUUUUCUUAAUGCCGGAAGUUUUGAAGAGGAUGAUAAAUACCAAGCAUGUGAACAGGAAAGUAAAAAGGAACUUACCUUUAGGAGAUGCCAAAGGAGUGGGGGGUAUGAUUGUUGGGGAUUUGGAUGAGCAUCAUAUGUAUAACGAGCAAAGCAUAUUACCAGCGAAUGAAGAUGGUGUAAGUAAAAAUAAUCAAAAUGAAGAACAGGAAGAAAGUCUAUUUAAGAAAAUAUUAACAAAGAGUUAUAGUUCUUUUAAAGGGAAGUUAAUGCAGAAUAAUUUGAGUGAUGUUGAUGAAGAGGAUCUUGGGUAUGAUAAAAGAAUAUCUAAAAAUUUUAUUUUGGAAGAAACAGGAAGUGAUCAAGAAUAUAUACAUACAUUGGAUAAUGUGAAUAAUGAUUUAUAUGAUGAUCGAAGAAGUUUUUACACUUCCCCUCAAAGGAAUAGAUAUAGCAAUAAGAAUUUAAGAAAUGAAGAACAUUACAAGGUAGAUGUAAAAAAUAAAUAUAAUAUAAAAAAUAUGGUAAAUAAUAUGGAGAAUACAAAUUAUAAGAAGAGGGAAGAUAAUACUAAUUAUAAUUGUAAAGAUGAUGAUAAUAAAGAUAUAUUUAAUAAAAAAAAAACUAAUAAAAUGUGUAAUAAUAAAAAAAUAAAGUAUGUUGAUUGUAUAAAAAAUGUAAGUGUUUUUUUGGGAGUACUUAUUUUUGAAGUUAUUACAACAGUGUAUAGCUUAAUUCAUACAAGUAUUAAUACAUAUUUAAAAACAAAUGGGAAGAAAAUUAUUAAUGAAAGGAAAUUACAAAAUUUAGAAGAUAUGAAAAAAGAAAAAUGGAAAUAUGAAAAUAAUAAUAAUAAUAAUAAGGAUAAGAAUAAGGAUAAGAAUAAGAAUUGUUUAAAAAUAUUAGAUUUUUUAACUAUUUAUUUACCUGAAAUAUCUAACAGUCCUUUAAAGAGAGAAAAAUGGACAUAUAAUAAAGAUGAUUUAAAUUAUGAACAUAUGAAGAGAAAUCGUUUAAGUUGUAAUUUACAUUUUGAAAACGUGAAAUAUAAGAAAGAUAUAAAUAAUGUCAAUAAUUAUGAUAACAAUAAUUAUCAUAAUGAUUAUAAUAAUGAUGAUGAUAUUUUUCGUAGAAGUAAUAAAAACGAUUGUAAUUUACAAAGGAGAAGUAUACCUGUAGACUUUAUGUUAUUAGAUAAAAGAAAUGAAAAAAAUGAAAUAAAAGAAAAAUAUGUCGAAAAAAAAAAUUAUAUAAGUAAUAGGGACGGUUAUGUAUACAAGGAACAUACAUCCCAUUAUGAUAACAAAUUUUAUGAUAGUAAUAAAAAUAAUAUAAAAAAUAUAAGACAUAAUAAUAUUAAUAUGAAUCAGUAUGAAGAAAAUAUUGAAAAGGAUAAAUAUAAAUAUAAAUACAAAUAUAAUUAUAAUAAUGACAUGUCCUCUAAGAACGGAGUUAAGAAUAUGCCCAAUUUUUAUUAUCAUGAUAAUUUUAAUAACGAGAAAAGAAAUAAUGAAUACUUUAUAAAAGAAAAUAACUAUUAUUAUGAUGAUGAUAAUGAUGAUGAUGAUGAUAAUAUAUACAAAAGAGAAAUGAAUAAUUUUCAUAAUAAUAAUGUUAAAGAAUUAAAUAUGAUACACGAAUUAUUAUAUAAAAUCGAUGAAAGUAUCAACUUAAAAACUAAUCAAAGUAUAUAUAUGCUUAAAAAAGAUUUAGAAACCAUCCAGAAUAGUUGUUUAAAAAAAAUAUAUGAAAAUAAUGAGAUAAUAAAAAAAAAUAAAUCCUUAAGAAUAGAAAAAUUGAAAUUUUAUUUUUUUAAAUAUACUGCUAUAUUUAUAGGAUUUAUUAUAUCUUUAUUAAGAUAUGAUUUAUUAGUAUAUUUCAGUUUUAUUAAACCUGAAAUUUUGUUCAGUAUUUUUUCUAAAUAUUUUUUAUUCUUAUCAUCUUAUAAUAAAAAUUCUCUAUUCAUUACAAUUAACGUUAUUUUAAUUAUUGCUUAUUUCUCUUUAUAUAUUAGAUAUAAUAAACGAAAUUAUUUUAAAUCCUUAGACAAAAGUGAUUUAAACAAAAUUAAAAUUAUACUUUUGUUCACACAAAUAAUAUUUGAUGAGAUUAAUCAGAUACAUAUGAAGCUCCUUGGGAAAAAAGGAAAGAAAUAA